UUGCGACUUUUUUGAGGUACGGUUAGGAAAAAUGCGGCAGCACCGGGCGACAUAGGGCGCGCGUCGACUGAUGGAUACGGGAAUGGAUGCGGGACCCGCGAAAAUUAUGAGACAGCCAGUGCUAACGAAAAACACAUAUCUUUAUCUACAUUCUGUAUGGAAUCUGCAUGGCGACCGUGGCAAUUUGGGGGUGGUUUUUGGAAACGCACAAAUUCGGACAAUUGGAACUCGCACGUGUGGGCUGUCUGCUGGUGGGACGCUGCUGGCGGGUCGUUCGUUUGACAAAUGGGUGGAUUCGAACUCGGACCGAACCGAACCUUUUUCUUUGCUCUGGGAAACCUGGUCGCUCUAUGUUCUGUGGGGAUGUGGGCAUUUGGGGCGUAUUCUGGGCAUUUGUAGAGCAGACAAAUAAUCAAUCAUGGUCCAGCGUGUUACUUACAGGCGCCGCCUUUCCUACAACACCCGCUCGAACCGGGUCCGCAUGAGCAAGACGCCCGGCGGCAACCUCCGCGUGCUGCACGUCAAGAAGCCGGCCAAGGGCCCGCGCUGCGGUGACUGCGGUGCCGCGCUUGCUGGCAUCCCGGCUCUGCGCCCGCGCGAGUACUCGCGCCUGAACAAGAGCGCCAAGUCGGUGUCGCGCGCCUACGGCGGUUCGCGCUGCAGCACCUGCGUGCGCGCUCGCAUUGUCCGCGCUUUCCUCAUCGAGGAGCAGAAGAUCGUCAAGAAGGUCCUCAAGGCUCAGGCCAAGAAGUAAAAAGUGCUUGAAUCACCUUUUUGUCUCCUUCGUUGAGUGUGUGGGAGGGGAGGUUUUUUGUUCAUUAGGUUGUAUAAAGCCUUUCUUUCCAUGUCAUAAAAGCGGAGACCACAUCAUGUAUGUUGCAAUGGUGGAUGACGACGGAAUCACAGUGUAUUUGAAACAG